ACAAUUUACUUUUCUAACCGGAGGCUGUUUGAGAGACGCAUGAGAACAGCAAGCAGACCAAAGAAAAUCCGAAGAACGUCUCGAAUUAAAGUCUGGAUAUUUACUAUUAUCAAGGCUUUAGUAAAUUAAAAGAAGAGGAGUUUAUAGUCCAUUUCUAAAUGGAGCUACUUCGUUUUUCCCCUUUCUGGUGGGGAACGAUAAUGUUUGGUAGUAUUCUGUUAGAACAGAAAAUGGCCUCAUCAAUGACUAUGCUGAAGCUGAAGCGUCUGUGUAAGUUCUGUGAAGUUGAGUCUACCAGCUGUACGUGCACAGGGAGCUGUUUGACCGACUGUAGCAUCACAGCCAUCUGCCCCCAUCCAGAGGACGUGUGUGUCAGCAUUUGGAGGAAGAAAGACGACAAUGUCACCAUAGACACGAUAUGCCACAACCCAGCCCAUAAGCUGCAUGGUCUGGUGCUGGAGGACUAUAACAACAGCAAGUGUGAGAUGAGGGAGAGGAAUGGCAUGGGCUCCCAGUUCUUCAUCUGCUCCUGCUCCGAGGAUGAGUGCAACGACCACCUUUUCUUCCCCCCAUUGGCCUCAUCAAUGACUAUGCUGAAGCUGAAGCGUCUGUGUAAGUUCUGUGAAGUUGAGUCUACCAGCUGUACGUGCACAGGGAGCUGUUUGACCGACUGUAGCAUCACAGCCAUCUGCCCCCAUCCAGAGGACGUGUGUGUCAGCAUUUGGAGGAAGAAAGACGACAAUGUCACCAUAGACACGAUAUGCCACAACCCAGCCCAUAAGCUGCAUGGUCUGGUGCUGGAGGACUAUAACAACAGCAAGUGUGAGAUGAGGGAGAGGAAUGGCAUGGGCUCCCAGUUCUUCAUCUGCUCCUGCUCCGAGGAUGAGUGCAACGACCACCUUUUCUUCCCCCCAUUGGCCUCAUCAAUGACUAUGCUGAAGCUGAAGCGUCUGUGUAAGUUCUGUGAAGUUGAGUCUACCAGCUGUACGUGCACAGGGAGCUGUUUGACCGACUGUAGCAUCACAGCCAUCUGCCCCCAUCCAGAGGACGUGUGUGUCAGCAUUUGGAGGAAGAAAGACGACAAUGUCACCAUAGACACGAUAUGCCACAACCCAGCCCAUAAGCUGCAUGGUCUGGUGCUGGAGGACUAUAACAACAGCAAGUGUGAGAUGAGGGAGAGGAAUGGCAUGGGCUCCCAGUUCUUCAUCUGCUCCUGCUCCGAGGAUGAGUGCAACGACCACCUUUUCUUCCCCCCAUUGGCCUCAUCAAUGACUAUGCUGAAGCUGAAGCGUCUGUGUAAGUUCUGUGAAGUUGAGUCUACCAGCUGUACGUGCACAGGGAGCUGUUUGACCGACUGUAGCAUCACAGCCAUCUGCCCCCAUCCAGAGGACGUGUGUGUCAGCAUUUGGAGGAAGAAAGACGACAAUGUCACCAUAGACACGAUAUGCCACAACCCAGCCCAUAAGCUGCAUGGUCUGGUGCUGGAGGACUAUAACAACAGCAAGUGUGAGAUGAGGGAGAGGAAUGGCAUGGGCUCCCAGUUCUUCAUCUGCUCCUGCUCCGAGGAUGAGUGCAACGACCACCUUUUCUUCCCCCCAUUGGCCUCAUCAAUGACUAUGCUGAAGCUGAAGCGUCUGUGUAAGUUCUGUGACGUUGAGUCUACCAGCUGUACGGGCACAGGGAGCUGUAUGACCGACUGUAGCAUCACAUCCAUCUGCCCCCAUCCAGAGGACGUGUGUGUCAGCAUUUGGAGGAAGAAAGACGACAAUGUCACCAUAGACACAAUAUGCCACAACCCAGCCCAUAAGCUGCAUGGUCUGGUGCUGGAGGACUAUAACAACAGCAAGUGUGAGAUGAGGGAGAGGAAUGGCAUGGGCUCCCAGUUCUUCAUCUGCUCCUGCUCCGAGGACGAGUGCAACGACCACAUUUUCUUCACCCCCUACUCCCUGGACUCCCAGGUGGUGUCGGUGAUCCUGGUCAGUCUGGUUCCUCUGCUGGUUCUGGCCGUGCUGGUCAUCACAUCCUUCUAUUGGUACCGCAUCUACCACCAGCGCCGCGCCGGUGCCAAGCGCAAGAAGACGCCGCUCGACUUCAGUGAUGCCCACGCCAUCAUGAUGGACGACGACGGCUCGGACAGCAGCUCCACACACGCCAACAACCUCAACCACAACACGGAGCUCCUCCCCAUCGAGCUGGACGCCCAGGUGGGCAAGGGCCGCUUCGCCGAGGUCUACAAGGCCAAGCUGAAGCAGGGCGCCACGGGGGCCGGCGAGCACUUCGAGACCGUUGCCGUCAAAAUUUUCGCAGACGAGGAAUAUGCCUCGUGGAAGAACGAGAAGGACAUCUUCUCGGAUGCCGACCUGCGCCACGAGAAUGUCCUGCACUUCCUGACCGCAGAGGACCACAAGGUGGAGAAACAGUAUUGGCUGAUCACGGCCUACCACCCCCGGGGCAACCUCCAGGAGUACCUGACGCGCCACGUCAUCAGCUGGGACGACCUGUGGGUGCUGGGCGGGUCGCUGGCAAGGGGCGUGGCCCACCUACAUAGUGACCACACGUUGUGCGGACGCUACAAGGUGCCCAUCGUCCACCGGGACAUCAAGAGCUCCAACAUCCUGGUGAAGGGGGACCUCACCUGUGUCCUGUGUGACUUCGGACUGGGUCUGCGUCUGGACAACUCGCUGUCUGUGGACGAGCUGGCCAACAGUGGGCAGGUGGGCACUGCCAGGUACAUGGCCCCUGAGGUGCUGGAGUCCAGGAUCAACCUGGAAAACAUUGAGUCGUUCAAGCAGACAGACGUUUACUCCAUGGCCCUGGUACUGUGGGAGAUCACCUCCAGGUGCAACGCCAUUGGAGAGGUGAAGGACUACGAGCCGCCCUUCGGUAAGGUGAGGGAGCACCCGUGUGUGGAGAGUAUGAAGGACAGCGUUCUCAGAGACAGAGGGAGGCCAGAGAUCCCCAGCAGCUGGAUGAACCACCCAGGCAUCCAGGUGGUGUGCGGCACCAUAGACGAGUGCUGGGACCACGACCCCGAGGCCAGGCUGACUGCUCAGUGUGUGGCCGAACGCUUCAACGACAUGGAGCACCCAGACAAGCUGUCUGGACGCAGCAAUUCCGAGGAGAAGAUCCCCCAGGACGUCUCUGUGACGGAGAUCGAAGAGAUUGAGAAGUAGGAAGUAUGCCUCAGAAACUACAAUGCCCCCUGCUGGGGAGGCUGAUAACUACAAGCGACCAAGCAGCUGAGAGAGAUUCAAGUGGAGAGUCUGUGUAUGUGCUCUGUGUAUUUGUCCUGCUUGUGACUCCAAGGAGCAAACAGAUUGGAUGUGGUGUGUCAUGCAUGUAAAAGGUAACACAACUGAACAAACCAAUCAGAAAGGAAGUGAUGGUGUUUUUAAAGAUUUACAGCAGUUGCUCCAAAGACGGAUCAAGCCAUGACUGGACUGGGGAAAAUAUACAGCCUUCGUAACUAAAUACUGUUUGCACUUUAUUAAUAGCUAUGCAUACCAAAUUGUGUAUAUUCCGUUACUGUAUAUUCAUGAUGACAAUACAGUGCAGUUAUAGGAAAGAGGGUUACCAAUGUGGGAAAGUAAGAGAGCAGUCAAUACUGGUAACACUAAUAACAUUUUAGCCAGUUUUCGACUGGGUGUUUUUGACAUUUUUAAAGGUGGCAUUGGAUGACAAAAGGGACUGGAGGAUGGCGCAAUAUAAAAAAAGCAAGGUGAACGUUUCAUUUCUGGAAAUGAUAAAAGGACCGAGCUAUGAAAUCGAAAAUGAUUCCAGGCCAAUAAGCCCAGGGGAAUGCUGAUAUCAUAUCCCAAGGACUAUGAACUGUAAACGAAAGACUGAAUUCAGCCCUGGAUGAGAAAAAGGGGAAUAUAGAUAUUUUACUCAGAGCUAUAAAAGAAAGUGUAUUUAAUCAACGGAGAAUGAUAAAGGGAAUACAGAUAUCAUAACAAAAGGACAACCGGAAGUACUUUACAUGUAGUUUCAGCCCAGCAGUGACUGAUCCAAGACAUUGAAAUAUAAUGACAAGGAAGGGAACUUGAUCCUUUCUCAAUUAAAGAUCUCUAAACCCUGUCUAUGUAUAACAUUAAAAGUCUUAAUUAAAGAUUUUCAGUAUUCUGCUCUUUUAAA